AAAAAAAACAGAAAACCCAAGUCGAGGAACUAGCCGGCAGAGGGAAUAGAUAGGUUGGGAGCUGGGGAAAGGCAAGCGAAAAUCAAUGGAUAAAGACAGUAAUCUGAAGAUGGGAACCGCCGGGAUCAUAACUCUGAACAAAAAUCAAGGCACGAAUUCCGGAGUUCCGGACCUCACCGGCGAGGUCCACCACCUGCCCUGCUGUAUCAAGUACGACGGCCCUUCCGACGUUUCGGACUACUUCAAGCCUAAAUCCACUGGGUUAGAAGUUGAUGGACUGGCAGAGCAGCAAGCGUAUUUCAGGGGCAGAAAGCUACAUGGUGUAGCGAUUCCCAUCCCAUCUGGCUAUUCUGGAUUUGUCUUGGGGAAGAAAAGUAUUGGCAAGAGGAAAGUUUCUGAUGUCAACUCUAACUGUUGGGAACCGAGUGCAAAGUUUGAGAAUAUAACUUACUGGAAUCACGACACUAUACCUUCACAAGAUGAUACGUUCAUUCGGUCUCUCCAUUGGUUAUCUGUUGCAGAAGCUCUACACAAGCCGGUGACGAUGGAAGACUUGGCUUCCACACCCAUUCCCAAGGAGUAAAAUUCGUGAGGGUUGAUUUACAAAUUUGGGGGACACAUUUGUUACUCUACUUCUAUCUGCAUUGCUUGGUAGUUAAUGUUUGAUGAACAGCACUGAUAUUUUAGGAAGGGUGCGAUGAACCACUUCAGUGAUGUAAUAAUCUUUUCAAUGGAUAUUUUGAUAUGAACUGGACUCCUUAUUGCGGGUUGGAAAAUUGUUAGAUGGAUGGAACAAAGACCCGAGAAAUGCAGAUUCCUUUUCCAUUCUUCAGUAGUCUUUGUGAGAAGAAUCACAGAAGUGGAAAACAAUACAAUUAUUCAUCCACGUGA